CCGUAAUAAAAGCGUCUUGACCGGAGAACUGGCCGACACACGUUUGCCAUUCGGUCAUCGAUCGCCACUGGCCUGGAGGCACUGAGAACGGAACUAUGAGGACAAUUACGUUCACACUGGCCGUUGUUCUUCUCUCGGCAGCGCUGCUGACGGAAGCCCAGCAGCGUCCCUUGAGACCACCUCCUCCUCCACCUCCUAGAAGACCAGGGACGCUUCCUGGUAGGCCAGGCACAAUUCCGCAGUUACCUGUCCCGAAUAGACCAGGUGGACAAGGCUUCCCUUUUAGGCCGGGCCCGCGACCAGGAGGAGGCGGCACGUUUCCACGUCCUGGUGGGGGCGGCCAGAACUGUGGUGGUCGUGUGUGCCGUGUUGGCCAGCGUUGCGUUCCUCAACAAGUGCAGUGUGUCAGAGCUCCGUGCCCACCGAUUUAUCGAUGUAUCUGAAGUCAAGCAAGGAAGCGCCCACAGGAUGAAAGUGAGGUCGAGGAACCCUCGUGAGAGUUCGUUCAAUAAAUUCACGUGGGCGCAUGAGGAA